CUGUAACAGCACUUUUUGCCCAGAGACCAGCGACGAACACACCGGGCUCGAGUUUUGAUUGGGCCGUUGAAAAACUAAGAUAGCGAGUUACAGGGGGAACACCCCAGUGCCUUCGGCCGCCCGGUGGGUGGGGAUGAGUGCCGCGACUCCGCGCUCGGUGACUUGAGCUCCGUUCUUCGCCGGGCACUGCUGCCAGCCUGGGCGCGGCCAAGGUGGGUAAGGACAGUUAACUGUCUGCAAUGAACGUGAUCACAAUAACAAUGAGAGGAUUUGUGGUCUCCCGCCCUGGUGCACUGGCUGUGCCCUGAGGGGUCUGGAAACCCGGACCUUACCCUGCCAUUCCAAAGUGUAUCCUGGAAUUCCUCCUAAUGGAUCUUGAGUGAAGUCGUGACCCUUUCUUGGUGUUUAUGAUUGUGUGCUUCUCUUCCUUUAAAAAUUCAGUUUUAUAAGGGGCUCCCAGAAGAUUCAUACCCCCUCGCCCCCGUGGGAGCACAGCAGUUGUGGCGGUGGAGCCAGGACUGGAACCAGAAUCAGAUAGACUCGAAAAUCUGGACUUUAAAUUCUUAUGUAAGUCAGAGAGUGACUGACCAUCAUCUGUGAGACACUGAGGACUUUUAACAUUCACUGUAAACAGAGGUCUGGGUCCAAAAAGCACAAUGAAUGCAAGUACAUGCGAUGGUAGUGUGGUGAAUUCUAGACAAGCUCGAGAAUUUUGUACAGCUGGGGGAGGAGGCCCAACUCCUGAGAUGGUCUUGGAAUCGGAACUGAUAGAACUCGGAGAAAUUGAGGAAGUGGUUGACCUCACCUCUGACUCUCUAGAACCUGCAGUGAUUGACCUAACUGACCAUGACGCUGUUGUGAUUACUGAGGAAAGGAGGAGGCCAAGGAGAAACAAAAGGCCAUUGCAAGGACAAACUGGCAUCUGUGUGGUGAGCAGUGAAAAGAAGGGGGUGAUGAGAGACAGAGAUAUAUAUGUGACCAACAGUGCUUACCAUAAUGGCCUGGAAAAAGAAACUUUUAGGUGCACACUACCUGGUUAUAUCCAGUGCCGGAUUUGUAUGGAUGGGUACUUGGAGAUUGAACUGAGUAGACGACACAUCUAUUCUACAGACUGUGGCCACAUCUUCUGUAGUCGGUGCCUCUGCACUUUCCUUAGAAAUACUAAAAAUUGCCCAGUUUGUUUGAAAAAAAUUGACCGCCAUCAGUACCACCGCAUUUAUAUAUAACGUGUGCUGUGUUGCUCAGGAUAGACAACCCCCUGACUGGAUUUUUCCAUGUCCUUGUGCAGAAACUAUGGAAUUGUUGGUAUCCAAUGCUCUGAGCUCCAAAAGCCUGAUUUUAAAAAUUGUUCUCUGGGAGUGUAUGAGAACUCUUUUAUUGCUCACAAAUGACGAGACUGCUUUUUUAUUCCUUUGGCUUCAUGCUGCAGGCCUGGACUUUUGUUGCUAUAGUGAAUCAGAAACUGGUGGUUGUCCUCAAAGCAAUUUUUCCCUUUUUUUUCUCAUAGUAAUCAAUUUUUAACUGGUCACAUGUGGGCAUUUUGGAUCAUGUAAAUAAGAGCAACAUCCUAGAGACGGUAGAGCAAGUAGAUGGAAGGAAGCUGGGAGACUGACAACUCCGAAAACCAGAGCCACAAAUAUGAGUUUGGACUUUUAUGAGACAAAUAAAUAAACUUCAUUCUUGUUUAA